CGGUGUUGUUUCCUCUACAAUUGUGUAGUCUUGUUGAAUGGUGCCAUGGAGUUCGAAAUUUGAGCAAGAAUGGAAAUCCUCCGUUCGCAUUGUCGCUCGCGCGUUCACUUGUUGUGCCAAAGAAAGCUAAAACGGCACCGUUCUCGACCUAUCAAACAGAGUGCCCCACCAGUUCGUUUCGUUUUGUCUGUCUUCGUCGCUUGCCCCGCACAGAAAAGCAGAGCAAAGAGCAGAGGCCAGGCCACAAAGAAGAAAAAGAACGGAAGCUUGCGUUAGAUCCAAUAUACAGAGACCGGCAAGCAGCAAACGGAGGGAGGCAGAUCGAUCCUACAACACGCCAUUGACGUUCUUUGGAAACGAAGCAACUUCGCACGGAACGGCCCCCUUUAACACCCGGCGGCGUCUGCGAGAACGGCAGUUGAAAACUCUCAAAUCGGACUAACUGAGAGGAGCUAAUGGUGAGUGAGAGUUGCAAGAGGAGGUGGUGAUUGAUUAUCCCGGGAGGCCUGAAACCAGGGGGUGCGGAUGGAAAAGAACAAGAACCGCACCGAUCUGCUUGCAGCUGGGCGUAAAAGGCUUCAGCAAUUUCGGCAGAAGAAGGAUGUUAAAGGCAGCAGUAGUAAUGCAAAAUCUGGGAAAAAAUCUGGCAAAUCUGAACCCCGGGAAGCUGAUGUUGAUAUGACAUCUAAGGAGCCUGAAUCAGCAGGACUGCAGCAGGUUCUCGAAGAAGAAAAUAUGACUCAUCUGGAUUCAAAUUCAGGAAGUUUGGACUCUUUGCAGAAUUCAGUUGCUACUACUGAUCAUGUUACGGAUGUCAGUCAAUCAGCGAUUUCUCCUGAACUUGAAUUUGUAGAAGAUUGGAUGAUGCCUGCUCAUACAUCUGAGUUGUCUGCUCAGGAUGUGAGAUCUCUUGAUAAUGCUAAUGAUCAUGUCGAGUCCAACAAGAGCACCAUUAUGGCUAUUGAGGAAAGUUCUAUGCCUGUAGUGAUAUCAGAAACUCAGGAUCCUAACAUUGUAAGUGUCAGUACAGCUAGUACUGAUGUUACAAAUGAAAAAAAUAUGGCUGACAAGGAAGAGAAUAAGGACUCAGUGCAAUCAGACGAAGGUGCAUCCACUGUGCCUUUGUUGCCUGAAGGUGAACUUCAGGCAACCAAUGUAGAUGCUGUUAUAACUGAAAAAAAUAUGACUCUUAGGGAGGAGAAUGAGGAGUCAGUGCAAUCAGAAGAAGGUGCUUCCACUGUGCUUACGGGCACGGAAGGUGAACUUCAGGUUACCAAUGUAGAUGCUGUUAUAACUGAAAAAAAUAUGACUCUCAAGGAAGAGAAUAAGGAAUCAGUGCAAUCAGAAGGAGGUGGUUCCACUUUACCUUUCGUGCUUGAAGGGGAACCUCAGAUAACCAAUCUGGGUGCCUCCACAGCUGAAGAAAAUAUGAUGCACAUGGAAGAGAAUGUGCAAUCAGUGCAAUCAGAAGAAGGUGGUUAUGUCCCUUUGGUGCUUGAAGGGGAACCUGAGGCAACUGAUUUAAGUGCCUCCACAACUGAAGAAAAUAUGAUGCACAGGGAAGAGAAUAAGGAAUCAGCGGAAUCAGAAGACGGUGCUUCCACUGCGCCUUUGGUCCUUGAAGGGGAACUUCAGGUAACCGAUGUAGGGGCAAUGCAGGAAGCUCAUGGUUUGGUCUCAAGACAACUUGAUAGUAGUUAUGGGACAAUCCCUAAAAUUGACGGGCAACCUAGUGCAUCUGAAAGCAGUGUACCUGCUGGAACUGUAAAAGGGGAAGCUGGGAUAGAUGUUGGUGUAGAGCAAGCAGUGACCCUGUCAGAAAAGAUUCAUGCUGAUGCAUCUGCACUAACUUUAAGAAUGGAAAGGUCAGAUGGACUCAUGCAGUCUGUUUUACCUGCCUCUGAAGAAUAUUGUACCUCCAGUGCUUCAUCUGUUGUGGACAUGACAGAAAUGCAGUCUCAAUCUGAUCAUUGCAGCAAAGAACAUGAUGGAUCUGAAAGAGAAAAAGAAAAGUCCAUGGGGUUUGUCAACAAAAGGUCUGACAAGCCUCCACCUGAUGGAAAUAUAAGGCCAUCUGAAUCGGGCCCGACCCCGAUCACUUUGGUGCAACUUAUUGAGGCGAUAAAGGGGCUUAAUGAAGAUGAUUUUGGGUUACUAAUAAAGUCAAGAGCUUCAGUAUCUGAAGUGGAGUUAGAUACUGAUGAUUUGACAGGACCACAACCUGGCUAUCAUGCUCAUCUGGAGAAACUCAGUGAGGAGUUGUUUGUUGCCAGUUGUAGAAGUGAUAUCUUUCACCUGCAACUUUCUGAGCAGCUUGAUUUGCAAAAUGAAAACGAUCGCCAAUUUUUGCAAUUGAAUGAAGAAAUAUCAAGAAUGAGGGCCUCAGUCAAGGAAGCUCAUGCUAAGAAUGAUAACCUUUUUCAGGAGCUCUCAGCUUGUAGGUCUGACCUCAAUGAUGCUGUUGGCAGCAAGGCAGAGCUUCAAAGUCAAUUAGAAGCAUCCAAGGCAGAGGUUGAUGAAGUUUCUGCAAGGGCAAAUAAAUUGCAGAGUAGUCUGGAAAGCUCAGAAUCAGAUUUAUUAACUGUUUCCAAGGAGUUGGCUCAUUUGAAGGACUUGGCAGAAUCACUGAAAGUUGAAAGCAGCGAGUUAAAUGAAUCUCUUGCUUCAGCUACAGAUGAGAGGAGGAGUCUAAGUGACGAAAAAGAAUUCCUUCUUCAGGAAAAUGCUAAGCUGUUGAGGGAGUUAGACAUGUCCAAGAACGUGAUUGCUGCUUUGAAUAUUGAAAUUUCUGAAUUGAGUGGCAAUCUUGUUUCUGUGGCAGACGAGAAAAAGAAGCUUGAAGAAGAGAAGGUGCGCUUAGUUGCCUUAAGGGUGGAAAACACUGACUUGAAUGAGAACCUUGUGCUGUUAAAAGAGCAGCACAAGAAAUUAGAAGAUGACAACAUGAAUAUGAUCCACGAAAAUGAGGGACUUCGAUCUGAGGUUCUUGGGCUCCAUGCGACGUUGUCAAAUCAUCAGGUGGAACACAUGCAAUUAGAAGCUGAAAUGCAAGAAAUGGCUUUGCGCCUUGAACAACUAGCAACAGAAAACAAGAGUCUUCUUAGUAGCUUGGAUGUGUAUAAAGCAAAGGUAGCAGAAGUUAGUGACACUCAAGUCCAAAAUCCCCCCCUAGAUGGGGUUGCUGUUUUUCAAGAUGGAUCUGUGAUGGUUGAGCGCACUGAUAUUAAUGAUGCUGCUCAGGAUGAGCAUCCUCAUUCUUCUUAUGGUAAGCAAGACGGAAGGAAGCCUAUUUCUGAUGUCCUUGAAGAAAGCUCAUCGGCAGACCUGCUUGAACUUGCGGCCCCUGAUGAUUAUCAAGGGUUAGUAUCCUUCAAUGCACACUUGGAAGAGGCAGAGAGAACGUUGCAACAACUUGAAAAGGAAAUUGAACUGACUCACUACCAUUUAGCAUCCUCAAGUAAAUCUGGUGGUAAAGCGGCAACUCCAGCAGUUUCAAAACUAAUCCAAGCUUUUGAGUCGAAUUCACAACAUGAGGAACAAGAGAUGGAGGACAACAUUGUUAUUCCGGGUCAGUCAACAACAGGAGACCCUUUAUUAUCAAGCAAAAAGUUUGCUGGAACUUUAAAGGCGGUGUUGAGGCAAUUGUCCCUGGAUGCUGAACGAGCCACCUUAGCUUACAAGCGAGAGCAAGAUGGUUUGACUGCUGCUAAUGCCACAAUGAGGGACCUCAAGCUUCAAGUUGAGGCCUUGGCUGAACAAUAUGACAAUUUGGAAAUGACCAACAUUGAGCAUGAGGUUCUUCAUGAAGCUUUUAAGCAACAUAUGAGUUCGAUUGAGGAGAACAAUAUUGAACUUCAAGUUGUAUGUGAAAAAUUGAGGUGGGAGGACAGCAGUCUCAAAACACACAACUCCGAGCUCCACCGAAAACUGAAUAUUUACCAUAAGAGAAUUGAAGAACUUCAGAUUCAGUUGCAUGAGUUACAGAAGAUAUCAAAUGAGGUGGUCUCUGGUCUACCUAACCAAUUAGAAAGCUCCCAGAAGGAUAUAGCUGAAUGGGCUUUGAAAGUUGAGCAAGAAUGGAAAUUCACCUUUUCCCAGAUCGUUGAAGCAGUAGAGAGACUUGAUAACUCUGUUGGAGUCGAGCAAAGAUCCGGAGUGUCAGCUGACAGGCAUGGGUCCGUGGAUAUAAUUGGUUGGCUUGUUUCUUCUGUUGAUGCUACUGUGAAAAUGACCCGGCGGUUGAAGAAAGAAACAGAGGCUGCCACUGCUGACAGGGAAGCCACAUUCAAAAUGUUCUCUGAAGCAAACGAUAAGUAUGAUGAACUACUUGGGAAAAGCAAAUGGGCGAAUGAUAUGCUGUGCAAGUUCUAUUCUGAACUAAAGAAACUUGUUUCAGAUUCAGUGCUCACUGUACCAGAAACAGAGGCGAAUAUACAUAAUGAGGAAUUGCUUGACCACAUACAUAGUAAUAGCUAUCAAGCCCUUCUGGAGGAACUGCAAAACUGUUUGGAUGAGAGGCAGCGACUUCUUGCUGUCAACGAAGAACUUAGUUUGGAGUUGUUGAAUAAAACAAAAAAUAUUGAGGACCUCAGCAGGCAAUGUGGUGAUUUAAGUUCCAUCGAGAAACUUAUUGGAGAUCUUGAAGGUGUAGUGAGACAGAAAGAUGCUAGCAUUGACUCAGAUAUUGGUGCUGUUUCUCGUCUUCAGUCACUAAUUCAUGUCCUUUCUCAUAAGAAAGAUGCUGAUGAGCUGGGCUGCAUAUCAAGAGAACAGCAGUUGACGGAGUUGGCAGAACUUCAGGAUAAGAUAUCUCAGUUAGGUACUUUGAAACUUGAGCAUGAAAAUGAGAUCCUCAGUCUUAAAGAGCAACUAAGCCAAUCCAGGGAAGCUCUUAAUGCUGCCCAUUGCAACUUGCACGAAAAGGCAAAGGAACUUGAACAUUCAGAGCAGAGGGUGUCCUCUGUUAGAGAGAAGCUUAGCAUGGCUGUCGCCAAGGGUAAAGGAUUGGUUGUCCAGCGUGAUGGCCUCAAGCAGUCACUGGCAGAGACAUCUAGUGAAUUGGAAAGGUGCUCGCAGGAGUUAGAGUUGAAAGAUGUUAGACUGCAGGAGUUGGAAACGAAACUAAAGGCUUAUUCAGAGGCUGGUGAGCGUGCAGAAGCUCUAGAAUCAGAGCUUUCAUACAUCCGCAACUCAGCCACUGCAAUUAGAGAAUCCUUCCUGCUCAAGGACUCUGUGCUGCACAGGAUAGAAGAAAUACUGGAAGAUUUUGAUCUGCCUGAGCAUUUUUACUCAAGGGACAUAAUUGACAAGGUUGAAUGGUUAGCUCGAUCUGUGAGUGCAAAUUCUGUUCCUCUACCAGAUUGGGACCAGAAGAGUUCUGUGGGCGCUUCCCCUUCUGAUACAGGACGCUUUGUUGCUACAGAAGCCUGGAAGGAAGAGGUUCAGAUGAGCUCAAGCUCUGUGGACGACUUGAGAAGAAAAUGUGAGGACCUUCAAGGGAAGUUUUAUGGGUUGGCUGAACAGAAUGAAAUGCUGGAGCAAUCAUUAAUGGAGAGGAACCAGAUGGUGCAGAGAUGGGAGGAACUGUUGGACAGGAUUGACUUGCCAUCGUCCUUGAGAUCAUUUGAACCCGAGGAUAAAAUUGAGUGGAUGUGGAAUGCAUUUUUGGAAGCUAACCAGGAUAGGAAUUCUUUGCGCCAGAAUGUCGAUGCUCUUGAGAGCAGUUGUGGUUCUCUUACUGCAGAUUUGGAAGAUUCAAACAAGCAGAUAACAUACCUUGCUGCUGAUUUGGAGGAGUUGCAGAAGAAAAUAUCAUUUCUGGAAACAGAUCUCCAAGCAUCUAUUCAAGAGAGGGAUAAUCUCUUUAAAGAAUUGGCAGCGUUGACUCAUGAUAAUGAGAACCUUUCGGAAAAGGCAGCCAGGUUUGAACUCGAUAGUGAAAAAUGGCAUGAUGAAGUAACUGUUUUGCGGGAGAAAUUGGUUGAGAAAGAAGGUCAGGAGUAUCAAAUUCAGCAUAUUAAUGACGAGAUUGUUAGACUUCAAGAUAUUGUCUGCAACACAUUGCAGGAUCCUGGUGCAAAAGAUUUGGUUGGUGGAGGUAGUGGUACAGAGUGCUUGGAAGGGCUACUGAUGAAGCUUAUCGCGAACUAUGGGACACAUUCAAUAUUGAGCUCGUCCACUGGGAUUGUAGCUGAAGAAGAACAGGGUUCAGAAAGAGCAGAUUCAAGCUUUGUUGAAGGGAGAACUAGGGAUGCGGAAGCUACUGAGCAGUUGGAUGUUGCUCGUCUCGAGCCAGGUACUGUGGAUGAUCCUGAUGGCUCAAGCUGGGAUGCGCUAAAGAAAGAGCUGGAGGAGACUUCUAACGAACUGGGACAGGUGAAGGAAGAAAGAGAUGAGUAUAUAAGUAAGCAAGAAUCAUUGAUUUCUGAACUUGAAGCUCUUGAGAGAAAGAGGAUGGAGUUGCAAGACCUACUGACCCAGGAAGAGCAGAAAUGUGCAUCUGCAAAAGAGAAGUUAAACAUUGCAGUGAGGAAGGGGAAGUCCUUAGUGCAACAGCGGGAUUCUCUGAAACAAACCAUAGAGGAGUUGAAUAUUGAGUUGGAGCGCUUAAAAUCUGAGAUUAGACAGCAGGAGAGCACUCUUGUGAACUAUGAACAGAAGAUAACAGACUUAUCAUCUACUUAUUCUGAGCGGAUAGAGGCCCUUGAAUCGGAGACUUUGUUCUUCCAGAAUCGUUCGGCUGAAGCUGAGCAACUUUUGCAUGAACGGGAGCAAAGCUUAGCUAGGGUUGUGGAUAUUCUGGGCAACAUUGAUCUUGGUGAUGAAGUGGCUAACACUAGUAGUCCAUUUGAGAAAUUGGAACACAUAAGGAAACUGUAUCAAGAUAUGCAUGCAGCUCUUGCUUCCUCACAGCAGGAGUCUGCAAAAUCUAGAAGAGCAUCAGAGCUUCUGCUUGCAGAGCUGAAUGAGGUCCAAGAGAGGAACGAUGUCCUUCAAGAAGAGCUAUCAAGGGCUAACUUUGAGCUUUCGGAGCUGUCUAGGGCCAGAGAUCUAGCCGAGGCUGCCAAAUCUGAGGCUGUAUCACGUAUCCAAGAGUUAUCCAUAAUACAGUCUGAUAAGAAAAAGAAACAAAAUGCUGAGCUUACGGUUUUGAUAUCUUCCACUGAUCAACUAAGGAAGAUCUUUUCUGAUGUCAAUAAUAUAAUUGUUGGUCAUCUCUCCAAGGAUAUAGAGUUUAUUCAAAAUCUUGAUGCUGGUGUGGAGUCAUUUCUACAAAAAACAGAAGCCGAUGAUUUGCCUCGGGCGCCUUUCUUCAGUAAUCCUGACAACAAGGACAUGUCUCUAGCCGUGGAGCCUUUUUCAGAAGCCAUCAUGCAAGACAAUUUUGAUGAUAGCAUUUCUUUUCAUGGAGUUUGUAGUUCGGUACAAGAAUGCAUGAAUGAAAUUGUAGCUCUCAAAAAGUUGAUUCAGGACCACUCUCUUGCAGCACUUGAGGAAGCCGACAAAUUGUGCAAACGGAUCCAUACUGUUCACAGGGAAAUAAGUCAUGAUAGAGAGUCUUCUCAAACUUUGAAGAGAGAUGUUGAAUACCUAGAGUCAAUUGUAAAACAGAAGGAAAGUGAAGCUGCUGCAUCGCACAAGAAUCUUCUUUUCCUUUAUGAAACAUGUCUCAGUUCACUGAAGGAAAUAGGAACUAGGAAAGCUGAAAGCACUUUGGCUCCUGGAAAUUUCUUGGGUCAAGAACUUCUGGAUGUUGGACUUCCUGUAAGUGGGAAGAUUAAUUCUUUGUCAGAGGAGCAUAUCAGGAGUAUAUCAGAAAGGAUGAUGAACGCCGUGAAGGACUUCAUCAGUCUAAACAGUGAGACUGUUGAGGGUGAUAGAAAGGAAAUGAGGAUGACCAUAACAAGCUUGCAGAGGGAGCUUCAAGAGAAGGAUAUUCAGAGAGAGAGGAUAUGCAUGGAACUUGCUGGCCAAAUUAAGGAAGCAGAAGCUGUUGCAACCAGACACUCUCUUGAUCUUCAAGCGUCCAAAGCUCGUCUAAUAUAUCUGGAGAAACAGGUAGAGCUUGCAAUGGAAGAGAGGAAUUCGUUGGAACAGCAGCGAGCAAAUGAAAUUGAAGAUGAACGAAAAAUUUCGACGGACUUGAAUGAGAAGAUCAGCUUACUAUCUGAUACAGUUGCUGCUAAAGACCAAGAAAUAGAAGCAUUAACCCAAGCUCUUGAUGAAGAAGAGGCUCAGAUGGAGGAUUUAACGCGCAAGUGUGAGGAACAAGAAAAAGCUUUGCAGCAGAAGAAUUUGGAGAUUGAGAAUCUUGAAUCCUCUCGUGGGAAGGUUUUGAAGAAGCUUUCAAUAACCAUGAGCAAGUUUGACGAGCUUCAUCGUUUCUCUGAAGGUCUACUUGCCGAGAUAGAAAAGCUUCAGUCCCAGUUGCAAGAUCGUGAUGGUGACGUCUCGUUCUUAAGGCAAGAGGUCACUAGAUGUACCAACGACGUUCUUGUUGCAUCUCAGACAAGCGACAAAAGAAAUGUGGAUGAUGAGAUUCAUCAGUUCUUCCUUUGGCUGGACAAUCUGGUUCCUCAAAGUAGGAAGGAAGAUGUGAAUGUUGGCGACAAUGCUGGGUUUCACGAGUACAAAGAAGCAAUUCAGAAGAAGAUUGCUUCUUUUGUGUCUGAACUGGAGGAUCAACGGGUAGCUGCUCAGACAACUGAUACUUUACUACAAUUAGAGCGGAAUAAAGUUGAGGAUUUACUGCAGCGGGAAGAAGUUCUGGAAAAAUCACUACAUGAGAAGGAAUCCCAGUUAAAUAUGCUUGAAGGUGGUGGAGAAGUUAGAGGGUCAACUGCUUCUGCCACUGAGAUUCUUGAAACUGAACCCUUGAUAAACAAAUGGACGGUGGCCGGGCCAUCUACUACAUCUCAAGUUCGAAGCUUGCGGAAAGCAAACAACGAUCAAGUUGCCAUUGCUAUCGAUAUGGACCAAGGAGGCAGUGAUCGAUUAGAAGAUGAAGAUGACGAUAAAGUUCAUGGUUUCAAGUCGCUUACCACAUCUAGGAUCGUCCCCAGAUUCACAAGGCCCGUCUCUGACGUGAUUGAUGGUCUAUGGGUUUCAUGUGACCGAGCUCUCAUGCGGCAACCUGCCUUCCGGCUUGGGAUCAUGAUGUACUGGGCUGUAAUGCAUCUACUACUCGUAGCUUUCGUUUUCUGAUGAGGGCCCAAAAUCCGGUUAGUGUUUCUUCCGUUCAUUUCCCCUUCAACUAGCUCAGCAACCGUUGUAAGAGCAACGCCACCUUACGUGUUGCAGAAUGCAUGCUGCAGAUUCAAGCUCUGUUGUGAAAAUGGCUCGGAAUAUUUUGGCGUGGUUUCCCCCCUUUCUUUUUUUUGUUGCGGCGGGGAUGAGGUCCGAGCACGCCUUAAUACUUAGAUCAGUAGAAGACAGUAAACUUAGAACACAAAUACUGCUCUCAUUGCCAUUGAUUCAUUACAUUACUAGUUGUGCUCUCAACCCUCACAACUGAGAGAUACCUGGAAAAGUCUCAGAUUCUAGGGUUUGUCCAAUAAAGACUGAAAAUAGGAAAAGAGGGUUUCUUCUUGUUAUACAACUUCCAUUUGGGAAAUUGGUAUAGACCAAUACAUACACCUCUUGAGCGCAUGUACAUUGUAAAAUCUCAAUUUAGUUAAUAUUUUUGCCAUUUUUUU